GGCAGGAGGCUCCGAACUCCGAAGCCUUUCGAUUUGACAAUCCAUCCAACCCGUCUUCCUCCGGUCCGGCCUGUCGCCUCUCCACAUCGUCGAAGAGAACCGCCGCUCGCCGCUCGCAGCUCGCCGCCGUUAAGUUCAGGCUCCUACUUUGAUGCACCUUGGUUGGGAGUGUAUCCACUGACAGUUUCCUCCUAAGGGGAUCUGUUUAUCGCCGAUCACCUGCCGAGUUAAGAUCGGGAGGUAGGAGGAGCUUUUGGGGGAGUGGGGAUGGCUUCCGGUGGGAACCCGCAGUUCCGGUACACCCAGCCUCCAUCGAAGGUGAUACACGUGAGGAACCUGCCGUGGGAGUGCACCGACGAGGAGCUGACCGAGCUGGGGAGCCUCUUCGGCAAGGUCGUCAACACCAAGUGCAACGUCGGCGCCAACAGGAACCAGGCGUUCAUCGAAUUCGCUGACCAAAAUCAGGCAAUUGCUAUGAUAUCAUACUAUGCAUCAUCAGCGGAGCCAGCGCAGGUAAGAGGCAAGAAUGUGUACCUUCAGUACUCCAAUAGACAGGAGAUUGUCAACAGCAAGAAUACCGGGGAUGCUGCAGGCAAUGUUUUGCUAGUGACAAUGGAGGGUGUUCUGCCAGAUGCUGUGAGCAUAGAUGUUCUACACUUGGUAUUUUCUGCUUUUGGAUAUGUUCACAAGAUUGCUACCUUUGAAAAGGCAUCUGGUUAUCAGGCGUUGAUACAAUUUUCUGAUGCUGAGACCGCGUCAUCUGCAAAAGCUGCUCUGGAUGGCAGAUGCAUUCCUAGCUACUUGCUUCCAGAACUUGAUGGGUCCUGCACUUUAAGAAUCAAUUAUUCAGCACACUCUGUUCUAAAUGUCAAGUUUCAGAGUCAUAGGAGUAGGGAUUAUACAAACCCAUACCUUCCCCUUGCACCUUCUGCUAUUGAUGGAUCUGGAGUGGCCCAGGAUGGGAAGAAGGAGGAGCCAGAGAGCAAUGUUCUGCUUGCGUCAGUUGAGAAUAUGCAGUAUAUUGUUACAAUUGAUGCUCUUCACGAGGUCUUCUCUGCUUUUGGGUUUGUACAAAAGAUUGCUAUUUUUGAGAAGAACUCUGGCUUCCAUGCACUAAUCCAGUAUCCAGAUAUUCAAACUGCAGUUAAAGCAAGAGAAGCAUUAGAAGGACACAGCAUCUAUGAAGGUGGAUAUUGCAAGCUUCACCUCGCGUUUUCACGCCAUACUGAUCUUAAUGUUAGGAUCAACAAUGAGCGAGGUCGAGAUUACACUGGGGGGAACAGUGCUCCAGCUAACCAUGAACCUUCCAUUCUUGGCCCUCAGCCAAUGCUUGCUGCUGGCUCUACUGCGCCACCAUACAGCAGUGCUCCUUCCACAGCAGCUGAUGUAGUAGCAGCACCAGGGACUACAUCUAUUCUGGCAACACCAGGAGCACCAUCCCUUCCUUCCAGUCAGCCACACCCACAAACUGCUUCAGGUGGACCUCAACAAUACGCCAGCCAGGGAGUCCUACAAGGCUAUGGAGCCCCAGGGUUCCCGCAAGGCCCAAAUCAAGCUCAAAUGUCACAGCAUUCAGGCCAAGGAAAUCAACAGAUGCCCAACCAUCAAGCGAUGUCGUUCCCUGGCCAUGGAAGGCAGCAGCUACCUCCGGGUCCUCAAAUGAUGCAAGGUCCAGGUUAUAGAGGCCCGCCGUUUCCACAAGGUCAUAUGCAAUCAAUGCCGCAGUUUCCAGUAUAUGGCAAUCAGCAGUUUCCUCCUGGCGCCGGGCCGCAGAUGAUGGGCUUCCCCGGGCAGGGAGGUCAGUAUCCUCCAUUUGGUAGGCCGCUUCAUCCGUAUAACCGUUAGCUAGUUUAUGUGUAUGUAAGAAACCGCAUGUGCGAGUGCGAGUACUUUUUUUUUUUUGCGAAAAGAGUGCGAGUACUUGCCGGUGACCAUUUUAAUGGGGCUUCUGACUUCGUAGUCGUGUGCUCAGGAAUUUUGGUGCACAUGUGGCAGAAACAAGUGGGCAUACAUAAUUAUUCUGUAGUGAAAUGCUUUGGCUAUGGAUUGUAUCAUUUCAUUCUUAUUA